GGCUCUCCGCCCGAAGAAGAGUGCCCACAGAACUGAGGCAACUCUUGUCCUCGUCCGUUUCUCCCCUUUCUCGAUCUCGUUUCUCAAGAAAAGGAGGCAAAACCCCAGGGGCAUGUCGGGAUCGUACCGCUCUGCCCCGCCGCGCGGCGGCGGCGGCGGACGCGGCAGAGGUGGCGGUGCCGGUGCCGGUGGGGGCACUGGAUACGCCGGUGGUGGAUAUCAAGGCGGCGACCGCGGAAAUCGGGGAGGCGGCGGGUACCGAGGUGGGGGUCGUGGCGGCAGUGGAGGCCGAGAAGGGGAUUGGCUUUGCCCUGACCCUAGCUGUGGGAAUCUGAACUUUGCACGACGAACCGAGUGCAAUAAAUGUGGUGCUCCAAGUCCUAACAGUGGAGGAGGAGGAGGAGGAGGAGGAGGAGGAGGAGGUGGUGGUGGUUAUAAUCGAGGUGGUGGAUAUUACAGCAGAGGAGGUGGUGGUGGUGGUGGUUAUAGGGGAGGUGACGGGGGUUACGACAGGAACCGUGGUGGUAGGAGUAUUAACCAUGGUCGCAUAGGUGGUUCCUACAGUAGUAGUCAAGGUAGAGAUAGAGAUGACGCUGGUUAUGCUCAAAUUCUCCCACCAGCUCUGGCCUCAUAUGGUGGCCCUAUGGGAAACUACCCAUCCGGUCCAAACUCGUGUGGCCAGAAUAACUCUUAUGGUGGGGUGCCUGUUCCGCCGCCCAUUAGCUAUGGUGGGUCUCCUUCUUAUUCCCCUUCUUAUUGUGCCCCACCUCCAAAUCCAUAUGGAGGUGAUGCCUCCAUUGGUUGUGGGGUUCCACCGGUUGGUUAUGAUGGCGGAUAUGCUGAUCGUCCAAUCCCUGGCCGUGAUGGUGGUGCUCCUCCAUGCUAUGGGGGUGGUGGGCAUCGUGGUGCUCCUGUUGAGCCCCCUCUUCCAGUUAAGCAGUGCGACGGAAAUUGUGGGAAUUCCUGUGACAAUUCAAGGAUUUACAUCUCAAAUUUGCCUCCUGAUGUCACUACUGAGGAGCUUAGGGAGCUUUUUGGAGGAAUUGGGCAGGUUGGGAGGAUCAAACAAAAACGAGGCUACAAAGACCAGUGGCCAUGGAAUAUUAGGAUAUAUGCUGAUGAAUUUGGAAACAGCAAAGGAGAUGCUGUGCUAUCUUAUGAAGAUCCUUCUGCUGCACAUUCUGCAGGGGGAUUCUAUAACGACUACGAUAUGAGAGGCUACAAGAUUAAUGUCACAAUGGCCGCGAAGACUGCGCCUCGAGCUCCACCUUCAUAUGGGCAUGGAGGUGGGAGAGGUGGAUAUUCCAGUGGUGGAGAUAGGCGCCGAGACAAUUACCAUGAUGGGCGGGGUCCUGGACCCGAUAGGUACCACCAUGGAGGCCAGCGCUCCCGUCCAUACUGAAAGACAUUUUGUGUACUGAGAAUGCCAUCUCAAAGCUGUUUUCUAAUCAUAUUCACAUGAGUUGUACUCAACAAAAGGAGCCCAAGGUAGGUAGUUUAAUUAUCAUAGCAAAGCUAGUUCUUCUGCAAUUAAAGAUGUCGGAUGGGCCUUGGACUGAUGGAUUGUCACCAUGAAAUUGAUCUGUGUCUGUAAAUCUUUAUAGAGGCAUGUGGAAAUAAUCUCCAAAUUGUUAUAUUUGAAAAUUACAGGUGAGCGCUGCUCUUCUGAGUUGGUUGUCAUCUUUUGCCUGCCUCAUAUGAUGGUAUACUGAUGCCUUGCGUAUUUGUGUGAACUGAUAUGCCUCUCUCCGGUGGCAGUGUGAGCCAAACUAACCGUGCAUGCGAAAUGUGAGACUUCUGCUUUCGCUCAUGCCAGGUGUGCUCGUCUGUUCACCAAAUCUGAAGGGCAAUUUUUGCUGGCUGAAUGCUUUGCUGCCCUCAUGGCAUCAGGAUUUUAUUCCCUCUAAUUUUGUCAGGAGUAUAUUUAUUUCCAUUUCACCUUUUCUUUUCCCACCUUUAUCACCAGCCAUUAUCACAAAACAUGCUUAUUGAGAAAAUGGUGUUCAUGACCAUGCAGUUGCUAUC